CCUGAGGGGCGGUCCGUCCGCUCCACACACACAGAGGCGGGAGGGCAGAGAGAGAAGAAAUCUGUGUGUUGGACUCGGAAUAAAGAUGUUUUUCGAUUGUCACUCACGACAGUUAUUAAAUUGCCUGUUUAGUGGCUACAGGAAUGUAAAUAGGUUCCAUUAUCACCGCGGCAAGUCCAAGCACCUGCUGCUGUCUCGCCUGUUUCAGCCCAUGAACCUCCGUGAGGACAGAGUGGUUGGAGUUGGCCGAUCGAACGAGCUCACCUGCAAGAGCCAGCAGCUGAUGAUUCAGGCAGGCCUCAUCCACCCAGCCAAUCCCGGCUGCUUUUAUUACUUACCGUACACGGUUCGAGCCUUGGAAAAACUGAUCCGGGUGAUCGAUGAAGAAAUGGAAUCAAUCGGGAGCCAGAAGGUGAACAUGCCCAGCCUGAGUACUGCAGAACUGUGGAAGAUCAGCGAGCGUUGGCAGGUCAUGGGGAAAGAGCUGUUCAGACUAAAGGACAGGCAUGGCAUGGAUUACUGUUUGAGCCCUACCCAUGAAGAAGCUGUGACACACCUCAUAGCCUCAUACGGUAGCCUGUCAUACAAACAGCUGCCAGUCAUGCUCUACCAGAUAACAAGGAAGUUCCGUGAUGAGCCGAAGCCAAGGUUUGGUUUGCUCCGUGGGCGUGAGUUCUACAUGAAGGACAUGUAUACGUUCGAUGUCUCGGAGGAAGCUGCAAAGGAGACCUACAAUAUUGUCUGUGAAUCCUACAGCCGUAUAUUUGAUCGGUUGGGAUUGCGAUUUGUAAAGGUGGAAGCAGACACUGGCAGCAUUGGUGGGAAGAUGUCGCAUGAAUUUCAGAUACCAGCAAACAUUGGGGAGGACAGAAUUUUAGUGUGUUUGGCCUGCCGUUUCGCUGCCAAUGUGGAGAAGAUGGAAAGCGGUGGAACAGACUGCCCACAGUGUAAAGGAAAGCUGACAGAGACCAAAGGUAUUGAAGUCGGACACACAUUUUACCUGGGGACAAAGUACUCGCACGUUUUCAAAGCCUCCUAUCACAACGCUGAGAACAAGCCCGUCACGGCAGAAAUGGGCUGCUUCGGCCUUGGGGUCACACGCAUCUUGGCAGCGUCUGUGGAGAUUUUGUCGACUGAGGAUGACAUCCGCUGGCCCAGUCUCUUGGCACCUUAUCAGGUCUGUAUCGUUCCUCCUAAGAGAGGCAGCAAGGAGGACGUGACGGAGGGACUCUCAGAGAGUCUGUACGACACGCUGGUUGAUGCUGCCCCUCAACUUCGAGGAGAGGUCAUUUUGGAUGACCGAAGUCACCUGACAGUCGGCAAGAGGUUGAAAGACGCCAAGAGGCUCGGUUACCCUUACGUCAUCAUUGCUGGGAAGAGAAUUUUGGAAGAUCCACCUGUCUUUGAAGUCUGCUGCCAGAAUGUCGGAGAUACUUUGUUUCUCACACAAGAAGGAGUUGUGGACAUUUUGAGAGACGUGCAGACUGUAUAGUGUGUGUGAUUGUUCCCGGUUUACUUUGCCUCCCGAAGGUGUCCUAUUGCUGUGUUUUGCCCACAAAAUGUACAGUCAACUCACUUUACAGUGUAUCCUGGAAGCGUUUUGAGACGUCUCGAAGACGUGAUAACGUGCUAUAUAUAAAAUGCAAGGAUUAUUAUCAUUGGAGGGAGGGAGCUGUAAACAUGGCAAGCUGUAGACAUGCAUCAAGGAACACUACCCAGUAAGUCAUUUUUAUUAUUUUUCUAUUGGGAAGAAAGCCAUAAUUAAUAUAUUCUGUCCAAGAUUAUGGUAAUUCAAUUGGGAUGGAAAUUGAAGUUGCGUGAUUACAGAGAGCAAGAUCAGUAACACAGUGCUCAGAAUGUACCGCAUUCACAUGGCUGUACACCGGAGGUGGUUUGUACAAAGCUUGUGUGAAAAGCAUGUAUUGAUACAAUGAGCAUACGGCAUUUACAGGAGUCAUUGUAAUAGUUAUAUUUCCACUGUCAGGUGUCAGCUUGGCACAGCGGUAGUAUUCUUGCCACUGAGUCAGAAGGUUUGAGUUCAAGCCCCAAGUUGGGACUUGGAGUCACAUGGACUAAGAUGACACUCCAAUGCAAUGUUCGAGGUGUCAUCCUUCAGAUGAGAUGUUAAACCGAGUUCCUGCCUGUCUGUUCAGAUGGACCAUAAAGAUUACAUGGCAGUGUUCAAAAAGGCCAACAAUCUCCCAAAUAAAAUUAGUCACUCACU